GUAAGCCGCUACUCGUGGCGAAAGCAAGUCGUGAUGUUAAUCGUCGGGGCCGCUGUAAUCGCGGCAUGUGCCGUUUGUCUCUUUUACGGCUUUCUCUCGACUUUAACAUUCUCUGUUAGUUUAGUGUUAGUGUAUGUUGCUUUGUUCCACUGGAGAUGGUGCUACGUCGCCCUAAGGACUGCCCCGAGGGAUAUUGCAGCCCUAAUAUGCUACAUAAAACUGCUAUGGCUGACGAGGCAGUUAACGAAGAAAAACUGGACAAUUCCAGAUGCAUUCCAUGAGACUGUGGGGCGUCAUCCAAACAAACCAUGCUUUCUAUAUCAAGAUGAAGUGUGGACUUUUAAGGAGGUGGAAGACUUCAGCUUGCGCGUGACUGCCGUGCUGAGAGCGCAAGGCGUAAAGAAGGGCAGCGUAGUGGGCGUCCUGAUGAGUAACUGCCCCCAACUGCCCAGCACCUGGCUGGGGGCGGCCCGGCUCGGCGCCGUCUGCCCGCUCAUCAACACUAAUCAGCGUGGCAACGCGUUAAUACACUCCGUCAACGUCGCUAAUUGCGAUGUGGUCAUAUUCUCAGAGGAAUAUCAAACCGCAAUUCAAGAGGUAGUAGGCCAAUUGAGUCCAUCACUGAAAUUAUUCAAGUUUGUUCACCGGCCCCUCAAUACCGCCCACCCUGAGGCCAAGGCGAGCGGCGACCAGGUCCCUGACCUGACGUCUUUACUGGAGACCACGCCGCCUGCUCCGUGGGCCUUGGCUGAUGCUGAUGGCUUCCAUGGAAGACUUCUAUACAUCUACACAUCUGGUACCACUGGAUUACCUAAGGCUGCCGUUAUUUCAAGCUCCAGAUUCGUUUUCAUGGCAGCGGGCCUCCACUACCUGGGCGGUAUAACCCCCGAUGACACCGUGUACUGCCCCCUGCCGCUGUACCACACCGCCGGAGGCGUCAUCAGCGUCGGACAAGCGCUGCUCUUCGGCUGCACGGUGGCGGUGAAGGCCAAGUUCUCCGCCUCGCAGUACUUCCCGGACUGCAUCAAAUAUAAAGCUACGGUGGCGCACUACAUUGGUGAGAUGUGCCGCUACGUGCUGGCGACGCCGCCCGCGCCGACCGACAAGCAGCACUCCGUUCGCACGAUUUUCGGCAACGGCAUGCGCCCUCAGAUUUGGAAUGACUUCGUGACACGGUUCAACAUCAAACACGUUGCUGAGUUUUAUGGAGCCACCGAAGGGAACGCUAACAUUGUGAACAUCGACAGCAAACCCGGGGCGAUUGGCUUCGUGUCCAGGAUCAUUCCGAGGGUGUACCCGAUCGCGAUCAUAAAGGUCGACCAGGAGACUGGCGAGCCCAUCCGGGACGUUAAUGGACUUUGUCAGUUAGCGCAGCCCGAGGAGCCGGGCGUGUUCAUCGGCAAGAUAUCGGCCAACAACCCCGCGCGCGCCUUCCUGGGCUACGUCGACAAGUCCGCCUCCGACAAGAAGAUCGUCACGGACGUCUUCGCCAAGGGAGACUCGGCGUUCAUCUCCGGUGAUAUCCUAGUGGCAGACGAGUUGGGCUACUUGUAUUUCCGAGAUCGUACCGGGGACACGUUCCGCUGGCGCGGCGAGAACGUCAGCACCACCGAGGUGGAGUCCGCCGUGUCGCGCGUCGCCGACCAGAGGGACGCUGUUGUUUACGGAGUCGAGGUUCCGAACACGGAGGGCCGCGCGGGCAUGUGCGGCGUGGUGGCCCGCGACGGCGGCCUGGACCUGGCGCGGCUGGCCGCCGACCUCGCCAAGGACCUGCCCGCCUACGCCCGCCCCGUCUUCCUGCGCGUCAUGCCCACCAUGGACAUGACAGGUACAUUUAAAAUGAAGAAAACUGACUUGCAGAAAGAAGGUUUCGAUCCCGCCCUAGUGAAAAAAGACAAGCUUUACUACCUCGACUCGAAGUUGGGCCGAUACCUACCGCUAGGCUCGGAAGAGUAUGAGAAAAUUGUGAAAGGGCAAAUAAGAAUAUGAAAAGGGAUUUUGUAGUAAAAGAUGUUUUACGUAUCGUCUGGUUUAGACGUGAAGGUUUUUUGAUAGUUUUAUGUGAGUGGCCUCCUUACUUUAUUUAUGAAAAAAGUUUACUAAAUGUUGAUUCUGAGCAAUUAACCGUACUGAGCUUAAGACUUAAACCAUAGUUAAAAUAUUAGAAAUUGUUGGUUAAAAUGUACUAGGUGGCUGUAUCUCAGUAAUAUAUUACACCAUAUCCAACUAC